AUGGAGAGCCUGUUGGAGAACCCGGUGCGUGCUGUCCUCUAUCUGAAAGAGCUCACGGCCAUCGUGCAGAACCAGCAAAGCCUCAUCCACACCCAGCGCCAGCGUAUAGACGAACUGGAAAAGCGGCUGGACGAGUUGAGUGCUGAGAACCGCAGCCUGUGGGAACAGCAGCAGCUUCUGCAAAACCAUCCUCCGCCUGGGCUGGUCCCCCAGUCGCAAGCCCCGCUCCAGGCUUCCCAGGCUUCUGCUGCGGCCAGUUCCCCAGAGCCUCCCCAGAACCAGGGACAGCUCCCUACCAUCGCCCCACAGCCACCGCUGGCAGUGGCUGCGCCGCCGCAGCAACCACCGUCCCCGCUGCUGCAGCUAACUCAGCACCACGGACAGCUCGCAACACAGCCCCAGCCGGGCCCCAGCAGAGCUUUAACACCCCAAACACCCCAUCAGCAUACCGCGGUCUCCGGAGCCGCUGCCGAUAAGGAGAAGGAGCGCCCCCCUUGUUGCGCUGCUGCUGGAACCCUCCUCCCCCACAAAUCCCCUGCCGCCCUCGGCAAGGGCGUCCUAGGCAGGAGACCUGAGAAUGAAACUGUGCUGCACCAAUUCUGCUGUCCAGCUGCUGAUGCCGAACAGAAGCCUGCAUCUUCAGACCUGGCCUCCCAAAGUGACGACUCCUACACCCAUGCCGGGGGUGGCACAGAGGACCCUUCGGCCAGCAGAUCCAGCGCCCAGGAGCUGCAGGAGGAGGAGCUGCUAGGGGCAGGGGGGACCUCCGUGCUGGCAACGAAGGCCAGCCUCCACCACACAGCCUCCCCUGGCCGGCAGCAGCAUGCCAAGGUGCUCUGCUCCCAUGCCCCUGCUGCCUCUGAUUACGAGCUGUCCCUUGACUUAAAGAAUAAACAGAUUGAAAUGCUAGAACACAAAUACGGAGGCCACUUGGUGUCCCGGCGAGCAGCUUGCACCAUUCAGACAGCCUUCCGCCAAUAUCAGCUUAGCAAGAACUUCGAGAAGAUACGCAACUCGCUGCUUGAGAGCCGACUCCCUCGGCGUAUCUCCCUGCGCAAAGUGCGGGUCCCCAAUCCAGAGACUUUUGCAGCAGAGAAGGCUCUGAUGGAGGGCUACGGGCUGAUGGGGCUGCCCCUGGUCCGCUCUCCAUCCCUGCCGGCCACCAUCACAGGCACACUCACGGAGCUUGAGGACUCCUUCACGGAGCAAGUCCAAUCCCUGGCUAAGUCCAUAGAUGAUGCUCUCAGCACCUGGAGUCUCAAGACUAUGUGCUCCCUCCAGGAAGGGGGCUCCUACGAGAUCCACGAGACCUUCCGUGCUGGAGGGAUGGGGCCCCCGGGUCUGGAGACAGAACUGAAGGAGGAGGAAGCCGCAGAACUGAGCCUGGAGGAGGAGGAAGAGAGCAGUGGGUCAGGGGCUGGGCUGCCCAAAAGCAGAAGCACCCUCAUGAUGGCUUUCCGGGAUGUCACAGUGCAGAUUGCCAGUAAGAACAUCUCUGUCUCCUCCUCCACAGCUGUUUCCGUGGCCAACUGCCUGGGAGGACAAGAGACUCAGGUUGGACUGGUCCCAGCAGCAAGCAAAGCAGAGGCAGAGGAGGCAGGGGGAGCCCAGGCUUUGGCCUCCCCUGUUGUGACUUCAUCUGCUUCAACCGCUGGUCAUACAUGGACCGAAGUUGGGGCUGGCAGGGACAUAAAUACAAAUGGGCAGGCAGCUGAGGGGGUGAUGGGUGAGGAAGAGGAGGAAGAAGAGGAGGUAGGGAGGUCGAUCAAAGGGGGGGAGAUGGAGACUGGUGACAACUCAGAGCAACUGAGCAGCAGCAGCACCUCUACAAAAUCUGCCAAGUCAAGCUCAGAGGUGUCAGCCUCAAAGGAGGCCCUGCAGGCUAUGAUACUGAGUCUGCCCAGAUACCAUUGUGAGAACCCAGCCAGCUGCAAAUCCCCCACACUCUCCACUGACACCCUUCGAAAGAGGCUCUACCGCAUCGGCCUCAACCUCUUCAACAUAAACCCAGACAAGGGCAUCCAGUUCCUGAUCUCCCGAGGCUUCAUCCCCGACACUCCCAUCGGUGUGGCUCAUUUCCUCCUGCAGCGAAAGGGACUUAGCAGACAAAUGAUUGGAGAAUUCCUGGGAAACAGCAAGAAGCAGUUCAACCGGGAUGUGCUAGACUGUGUGGUGGAUGAAAUGGACUUUUCCAACAUGGAAUUAGAUGAAGCUCUGAGGAAAUUCCAGGCCCAUAUCCGGGUCCAAGGUGAGGCCCAGAAGGUGGAGCGGCUCAUCGAAGCUUUCAGCCAGCGCUAUUGCAUGUGCAAUCCUGAGGUAGUGCAGCAGUUCCACAACCCUGACACCAUUUUCAUCCUGGCCUUUGCCAUCAUCCUCCUCAACACGGACAUGUACAGUCCCAAUAUCAAGCCUGACCGGAAGAUGAUGCUGGAGGAUUUCAUCCGGAACCUGAGAGGUGUAGACGAUGGAGCUGACAUACCCCGAGAGCUGGUGGUGGGCAUCUAUGAAAGGAUCCAACAAAAAGAACUGAAAUCCAAUGAGGACCAUGUCACCUAUGUUACCAAGGUGGAGAAAUCCAUUGUGGGCAUGAAGACAGUGCUGUCAGUCCCACACCGCCGCCUGGUUUGCUGCAGCCGGCUCUUUGAGGUGACUGACGUGAACAAGCUACAGAAGCAAGCAGCUCACCAAAGGGAGGUGUUCCUCUUCAAUGACCUGCUGGUGAUCCUCAAGCUUUGCCCGAAGAAGAAGACUUCCUCCACGUAUACUUUCUGCAAGUCCGUGGGCCUGCUAGGGAUGCAGUUCCACCUUUUUGAGAAUGAAUAUCAUUCCCAUGGCAUUACGCUGGUAACGCCAGUGUCAGGUUCAGAAAAGAAGCAGGUGUUGCAUUUCUGUGCCCUGGGCUCAGAGGAGAUGCAGAAGUUUGUGGAAGACUUGAAAGAAUCCAUUGCUGAGGUCACAGAGCUGGAGCAGAUCCGAAUUGAAUGGGAGCUAGAGAAACAGCAGGGAACCAAGACUCUUUCAUUUAAGUCCAGUGGAACUCAGCCUGACCCACAGUCAAAGCAAGGAUCUCCUACAGCCACCAAAAGGGAAGCUGCUGAGAAGACGAUGGACAGCACAGUGGAGGUGUCAAUUCACAACAGGCUUCAAACGUACCAGCACAACUCCAGGCUGGGGCCCGAGAAGGGAGUGCCGCUGCCGCCGCCACCACCACCAUCAUCGCCAGGCCUGCCUCCUAAUUCCCCAAGGGACCUGCUACCGCCACCACCACCCACCCCCCCAGGGACCCUGGUGCAGUGCCAGCAGAUUGUCAAAGUCAUUGUCCUGGACAAGCCCUGCCUGGCCCGCAUGGAGCCCCUCCUGAGCCAGGCACUCACCUGUUAUGCCUCCUCUUCUGACUCCUGCAGCUCCACUCCCCUUCGAGGUCCUGCCACCCCCAUCAAGAUCAUCCACCAGCCCCCUCUACCCCCACCCCCUCCCCCUUAUAACCAUCCACAUCAGUACUGCCCUCCAGGCUCUCUGCUCCAACAAAGGAGGUAUUCCAGUGGUUCCAGAAGCCUGGUGUAACCACUGCCCUUUCCCCCUUACCUUCUCCCCACCUACCAUGAAACCUGGCUAUACCCAACAGCACAAAUUUACUUCCCACUCCUCAUUGUGUCCCUCUGCCUCUCCUGGGAGCUCCUCACCCCUAGAUGUCUCCCCACUCCCACCCCCACAGAUAUGCUUAGUUCCUGACUAAUGACCACAGUAAUUUUUUAAAGAAAAAAACGAUCAAUGGUACCUCGGUCUCCCUCUCCCAAUCCCACUUCUCCCCUCAAACCUACUGACUCUGCUGAGCCCCAAUACCUGGGAAACCCACCUCAGGUCUCUCUCUUCCCUGACUCCUCAUAUUCUAGUCAUGAAUGGAAGGUCCCUUCUUCCUCCACCAGCCUUCUCCUCCUCCCACCAAAACCACAUGUAUUCCCCCAACUUGGACUAAGGCUUACUUCCAACCAGGAAUUCAAAUGGAGAGGAGUCAGGAGUUCCUCUAUUCCCCACCCUCACCUUUCCUUCUCCCUCUGUAAAAGGUGAGGGAAGGAUGAGACUGGAGCCAUUGUUUUCUGACUUUAGUUGGGGGUGAGGAUGGAGACAGAGGAGAAGAAGCUGACAUGGCUGAUGUCAUGACCAAAGGCUGGCUUGGUAGAGCACUUAUGGUAGUAAGCAUAACUGGUCUUGUUGGGAUAGAGAAGGCGCUGAGUCACUCCCUCCUGCCCCUAGAGAGGCCAGCCCCUAUGUACUUUACAUGAUUAACCAAAAUUAGCUCAUAGGACCACAGAGCUAGACAGGAUCUCUAAGACACAGCUAGUCUAUCCCCCUGUCUUCAGGCAAAACUACACCUAACAGAUGCAAAUUUAUCAUUUAUAAGACCCUUCGGAAGAUACUCCAUAGCUUUCUUUGGUCAUUACUCUAGACCAGUAAGUCAUUCCAAGCUGUGAUGUCUUCAGAGAAUAAUUGUCCUUUGUAGAAUAAUAGUAAGAGCUCACAUCUCUAUGGCACUCUGUGGUUUGCAAAGAGCUCUUCCUCCUGAAAACCUGUGAAUUAAGUGAUGCAAGCUUUGUCCCUAUUUACAGAUGAAGAAGUUGAGGCUCAGAGAGCUUAAUUAAUUGCCUAGCCCAUAGCCACGUAGCUAGUGUCAGUUAGGAUGUAGAUCCAGGUCCGUUAAGUGUAGAACCAAUGUGUUUUUCACUACAUCAGGAUGUCUGACUCUCACCCCGACCCACAUCUUUGAGGCCCAAUAGAAAAGUGACUUAUGGGGUAAGAUGACCCUACCUAUGGUAGGGUACUGGUAGAUAGCAAAAUUUGGAAUACAAGGCAACCUCUCCCAUCAUCAUCUUCCAAAACCCCAGCUCCCAACACACUGGACUGGAUCAGGGCCAAGGCAAUAGAAGUUUGUAGGAAGGCUAAAUAACUAAAUCGCUCCAUCCAGAUGACAUAGUUCUUUUAUGAACAACCUAGAUGUCACUGAUCCUGCCUAGUUGAUUGUUUCUGGCCCAGAUGUCAUAACUUGCAGCCAAGUCUCUGUCUCUUUGAUUCCUUUACCCUAAUUCCCAUCCUCUUUUAUCUGUCCCUGUCUUCCAUUUCUUAUGAAUCCCAACCUAUUACAAUAUAGGACCCUGGGACUUCGCUAUAGACAGAAGUUCUUCUUUCUCUUUUCCUACCUCGACCCUUCUGAAAAUUAUUCUUCAGUUUGGUAAUGGACUACUCCAUCCACUGAUGGAGCAGCAAGGCAAGAAUCACUUUUAAAGGAUGGAAAUCUAGAUAUCUGCAUUGAGAUGAAGAGGGGACGGGUAUACCCAAGGAAUGAUAGGUAAUUAGGAACAAUGGGGCAAGGUGAAGGAAUCAUAAAGGGGAAGCAGAGCCAGAAGGGUGGAGGGAAGAUGAGUUGGGGGAAUGGCUAAUGCAGAAGUCAUGAGUAGGGGAUUGAUUGGAAUCAGGAUACAUGAGUGGAGUUAUGAAAAAGAGAUAUAGACAGGCUAAAAUAUUGGGCCAUACCUAAUAAAAUUAAAUUUCAUUUUCAUAGAGUCUUACACAUGGAUUAAAAAAAUGAACCUCACAAGUACAAGCUGUAGAUUUAGCUAGACAACCAUUUAUAUUAAAAACAAUACCUAGGGGGUUACUGAACUGCAACUUUAAUA